UCAUCUACAUCAUCGCAAAACGAGAAGCAGAUCAAGAAACCUCGGAACAAGCUGCUCGGAAGUCGCAGCAACGAAUCAUGGGUGUUCUUGGAGCCCUUGCUAGACAUUUGGACGCCCUUGUUGGGCCAGGGAUCAUGCUGCUUUAUCCUCUAUACGCGUCGAUGCGCGCAAUAGAGAGCCCUUCUCCCCUGGACGAUCAGCAGUGGCUCACCUACUGGGUCCUCUACUCCCUGAUCACCCUCUUUGAGCUCUCAUGCUGGAAAGUUCUCCAGUGGUUCCCUCUGUGGCCGUACAUGAAGCUGCUCUUCUGCUGCUGGCUGGUGCUGCCCAUCUUCAAUGGCGCGGCCUACAUCUACGAGACGCACGUCCGGCGCUACUUCAAGAUCGACAGCUACGUGAGCCCCAACUACAACGAGCGGCAGCGGAGGGUGCUUCAGAUGAUGAGCCUCGACGCGCGCAAGUCCGUGGAGCGCUUCAUCGAGACGCACGGGCCUGACGCGCUGGACAAGAUCAUCCGAGCCGCUGAAGAGGAAGCGAAGAGGGUCUAGUUUAGCGUGCGUUGAGCCGAAGGCACCCAUUGUUUCAGGCGGGGGGAAGGCAUCUGAUGGCCGCCGUGCAUUUGCAGCAUACUCACUCGACUAUCUGCUGCUGACGUGAUGUGUGUGUUUGAUCUGUUCGUUGGGCUUGGCAAGAUACUAGCACUUCUGUAUAAGAAAAGUUUCCAUGAACAAAUGACGAACGAAGCUACAUAUUUGGUAUAAUCCUUUGAAAUUCUUAUCUGUUAAAUACAUUUCU